AUGGAACCGAGCACUGAUAGUGAUAAUCCCAGCGUUGGUGACCAACAUCGCGGUGGUGCGGGAUCUAUAAGGAUGCCGAACGAUACAGGAGCCGCCACAGCAAACCCAUUCGAGGAACCCCAACGCCGCAUCAGCGAAUACACCGCACAGGAAAUUGCAACACUACAAGCCCGUCUUGAUAAGAAGUUGGGGCCCGAAUACAUCUCUGCGCGACCUGGUGCUGCGGGGCAGAAAGUGCACUAUCUCUCCGCGGACAAAUGCAUCAAUCUUGCGAACGAGGUGUUUGGAUUCAAUGGCUGGUCCAGCUCGAUCCAGACGAUUCAGAUUGAUUUCGUUGAGGAAAAUCAAAACACGGGCAAAAUCAGCCUGGGACUUUCAGUCAUUAUGAGAGUCACCCUGAGGGAUGGAACCUUCCAUGAGGAUAUUGGCUACGGGCAUAUCGAGAACUGCAAGGGCAAGGCCGCAGCGUUCGAGAAGGCCAAGAAAGAAGGCACAACAGAUGCUUUGAAACGUGCAUUGAGAAACUUCGGCAACGUGCUAGGUAACUGUAUCUAUGACAAGGAUUAUGUGGCCAAGGUGACCAAAGUCAAAGCAGCGCCUGGAAGAUGGGACGUUGAAGAUCUUCACCGUCACCCUGACUUCGCACCCCCUCCUAAAAAACAGCUGCCUCCACCCAAGCGUGAACCGGAAGAGGAUGAUCUACCCCUUCCUCGUCCUGUACAUCAAGCAAGAGGCAAUAAUCCCGGGAAUAAUGCUUCUUUCGAGGGGGAUGGAGAGUUUGGCAGUGACCUCUUUGACGAAGCCGAUUUUGCGGUAGCUGAGACCGAUAUAGGCAACCCUGAUGAGAUCGUAAUAGACACAGAGAUCCAUCGAGAACAGCAGCGCCCUGUGCCAACGAAUGGUCCAGCGCCUCAGCGAGGACCGCCUGGCCGAGCAGGAUUUAACCCUGCUGUCGUAACACCAUCAAAACCGGAGCGGUGGAAUGGCUCGGGCCAAGUGGGACGACCUAAUCCCCUAAAUACGCGACAGAACCCAUCGGGUAUCCCAUCCCCAGCCGCGGUACAAGGUCGACCAAUGGCCGGCCAAGGUCCCGCUCAAAGUGUUGCACACCCCAGAGCACCAGUCCCAACACAGCAAACAGUUGGUCAGAAUGCGGCCCAAAACAACAUCGCCCAGCCUCCGAUCAAAAGGGAAAUCGGGCCCCGGGGUUUUCAAGGGAACCAGGACAUGAACCCACCGCAAGGCACACCCUCCACGGGUUUCUACUCGGCCAGAGCAGUGGACCUUCUCCGUGAAAAUCCAAACUCCGUCCCGUCAGCAGCUCCUCAAUUCGAUCCACACGCAGAGAGUCCCUCCAUCCGCAAGACGGCUGGUGUAGACCAUACCAAAAGCAUUCCCAUUGCUAGGCCGAUGCUGUCGAGCGCCUCUCCAGCACCACCCAACAAUAACAACAACAACACGCGCGACUUUGUCAAUCCCGCAAUGGAUAUGCAACGCAGAGUCGGUGCUCCUGGCGGUGGAAUCAGCAGUCCGGUCAGCAGAGGCCCUUCCGUCUCAUCGUAUCGACCAUUGACCCGCCCCAAUAUUGACCAAAGGAACGUUUCCAACCCAGCCAUAGUGAACCGAGCCAGUGUGCCACCCCAGCAGAAUCUCAAUGGAAAACGGCCUCCAUUGCUGGACGUCACCAAUGCCGAUGCUACGCCUGGCGCAGGGGUCCCAGCACCCGGUCCAAACGACCCAAAACGGCCCCGAGUCUCGGAUGCUGACUCUUCUGGGCCUUCUUCUGGACCUUGCCCACCAAACCAGUAA